ACUCAUAAGUCAUAACAAAUCAAAAAAUUUUAUGAAUUGUAUUGUGUAGAUUUUUAAUUGUGUGUGUAUAUGUAUUGAAAUAAAAAUGUUAUAUUUUUUAGAAAGUAUUAAUAAUAAUACAGCAUUCUAUCUGAUUAACCAGAAUGUAUUUAUUAUUGGUAGAAAGAAAAGUGAUAUACUGCUGCAAGAAGAUUCUUCCAUAAGCAAACAACACGCUAAAAUUUGCAUUUCAAAUUAUGAAGUGGCAAUUACAGAUUUGGGUUCAAAAUAUAAGACAACAGUUAAUGGUACAGAACUGACACCUAAUGUUGAAGUACAACUAAAAGACAAAGAUACCAUACAUUUUGGUGGACUGGGUAGUAAAUAUAUCUUUAGAAAAAUGAACCUUGUUACUACAGCUACCCAGCAACCUACCACUCAAAAAGAAGCCUUAAAAAAGUAUUUAAGUCAUAUUCAGGGUAAAUAUGUAGAUAACUGGAACGCAGAAUGCACACAUCUUACCGUAGAAAAAAUAAGUUUAACUAUCAAGGUAUUACAUGCGCUGUUAGAAGAUAAACCGACUGUGGAGCCAGGUUUUUGGAAGAAAUUCGCAGAAAAUGUAUCCAAAAAUCUUCGUCCGCCUGACAUUAGUGAUUAUAAUGACCCACCAUUAGUUGAAGGAUUACUUAAUAAGGUUGAGUUCAAAAACGGCAUUGAUAGGAAGAAUCUGUUUAAAGAUAAAAUAUUUUUGUUCACGUUAGAACAGGAAAGAAAGCAAGUAGAACAGUUAAUAUCAAAAGCAGGAGGAUCCUCUGUGGCAUGGGAAAAUAACUGCGAAGAGUUCAAGAGAAUAGCAGCCUCAUCAAAAGAAUUUCUCGUUAUGCAGAGUCGUAAAGAUAUUGAUGACAAAUCAUACAAAGAUAUUAUCAAACUUUUGUCGAAACAAAACAGGCGUACUAUUCCAAUCCAAGAAAUUGCUAUGGCUAUUAUCCGCGGAUCUUGCGAAAAGGAUUGCAAUCCAGAAUUUAAUAGAGUCCAAGAGGUGUUCGCUAGGACCAAUAAGGAACCGAGUCAGCAUAAGCUACUAGCUAAAAAUACCCAAACACAAAAUUCUAUUGCUGAACCGAUUAUAUCAAAGGUUAUUGCUGAGACUUUGGAUCCAGAUCAGUUAGAAGCGCCGCCAAUUCAAAAGAAAGUUAUUCAAGUUCAAGAAAAAGAUGUCGAAGAAGUCGAAACUGAAAAACGAGAUAUUCGCGCAGAAAAACAUAGUGAUCCUGUGAAGAGACUUGCUGCAGACACAGUUGAGAAUAAUCCAUUUAAGAAAAUAAAGUUAGAAAAUAGGGAAAACACUAACAGGUCAAAUGGUAAAGAUAAUGCCGAAUGUUCUAAAGACAAAACCAGCGGAUUCUUGUCUAAGAAACCAACGAGAGAAAAAAGAAAAACUAGAGAAGACAGUGAUUCUGAGGACUCACCACCAGAAAAAAUCACAAAACCGAAUCCGUUUAGUAACUUGGCGCUAACAAAAAGAAGUAACAUUGAAGAUAACCCGUUUUUAUCUUCGAAACAGCAAACAGGGACGUCUAAAUUAUCGUCCGAUAAUCCAUUACUUAGUAUAUUUAGUAAACCAGUCGAUAACACAGAUAAUAUGUUAUCUUGUACCAAAGAUGAACCUCGAGAACCAGAAGAUUAUCGACAUAUAACUAAAGUAUCCGAUGACGGUUCCGGAUGGUACUCAAAGAACAGUUCGUUUCAUAUAAAGAAAGAAGAAAAAAAUGAAUACAGUACAGAACUACAAGAGUUUGUUAAUUUGUUUAAGAAUAAGAUAGUUUUAGAUGUAUUGUCUGAUGUUUCGAUCAGACCGAAUAGUUUUCGUGAUGAAGUCGAUUCUAAGGUCCAAACCAAUGGUAAAAACUUUAAAAAAUUUAAAAAGAUAAAACCUUUACAUCCUCAAAUUACCAUCAUUGGUAACGAAUUCUUCAAAAAUUCACAAUUUGGAGAUACAACAGGAAUACAUGAUUCCAGGAGACGCAUAAUUUACGACUCAGAUGACGAACAACCUUCAAAAUUUAAACAGAGAAAAACAUUAAAGUCUUUUUUGAUAUAAGUGAAAAUUGUUGUAUUUGUUAUUAUUAAUAAAUGUUUUUUUAACUUAUUUAGACAUAAUUCGAGCAAAUAAAAUAGGACGUUGGUUCAACAAUAUAUCUUUAAAUGAACUCACGAGGAGCAAGAUUUAUUUUCAGCUGCAAUUUUUUAGCCCUUUAAAGUGAAGGAUCUCGCACGGGCUCUGCCAAUUAUAAGUGGUGGAGUCAGAAGUUUGGAGCCCGUCAGAUUUUGAGAUUGAAUAGGUUGGUAUUCAAAUUGGAGAAGAAAAAUUUGCAAUAUCUCCGGUUUUAAAAAAAAGUAGAACCAUGAUUCUUUUUUUUUUUUAAUCGGGGUAACUCGACAUAACAUUAACAAUCGAAUAAUUUUCAUUUUCCUGAAAAGUCCGAAAAAAAUUCAAUUUCUAUUUUUUUAAAUUUUUUCCACGCAAUAUCCUCUAUAAAGAUAUCUGGACUUCUUCUGCGUAAUGAUCCCUCAUAAGCCAACUUGAUAAUGUGUUUUUUUUUCUCACAGAUAACCAGAACGGUUUAUCUGUUUUAUUAUUCCCUAUGAAAUGAGUCGCUAACAGUCCUAUUGAAUUGCAACUUUCGUUUUCGUUUCAUCACUCCCAUUUAAUAAUAAUAGGUUAGAAAAGUCUAAAUUUU